ACUCCGAACCCGGAAACCCGUCGCCGCCGGAGCGAUCCUGUAAGCCGGCGAUCUCUGCCGCCUUUAGAUUCCCUCAAUCGGCCGUGGUAAUCACUAUUGCAAUCAACCUCCAUUCGUCUCCUUUCGGUGAUCUCAAACGUCCGACUCGAGCUACCUCAAGGUUGUUGAGUCAUCUCAAGCAGCAUACUUACAUUGCAAAGGGGACAAAGACAUCAUUUGUCUGAUCCCUAGCGACUCCGAACCCGGAAAACCGUCGCCGCCGGAGAGAUCCUGCAAGCCGGUGAGCUCUGCUGCCUUUAGAUUCCCUCAAUCGACCGUGGUAAUCACUGUUGCAAUCAACCUCCAUUCGUCUCCUUUCGGUGAUCUCGAACGUCCGCCUUGAUCAAUUACUGCCCAACAAUCAUGAUCUGCUACGCCGUCAGUGGAAGAGAGGGAGAGGAGCGAGCCGCAGGGCCAAGUAAUCCAUGGCGUAGUCGGAUGAGAACGAAUGAAGUUGCAGGAAAUAGAUUAUGGGGUAUACUAGCUUCAAUGGUACGGAUGAUGCCGGAUUUGCUAGGUUAUGAGCAGAAAGAUGCUAAAACUUUUGUUUUAUGGGAAAAAGGAAUAACCAGUCUUGUUCUGGAGAAAUCCGAUAAACUAUGAUAAGCAGGAGCAGCAAUUGGGUUUUUUCAGCAAUGGCUGGCAUGCAUUCAACCUGUUCCUUUGUGAGAGAUUCGAGAUAUCUGGUUUAAGAGUGAUAAGGCAGAAGUAACUUCAUGCAGGACUACCGGGAGAAAGAAAAGAUAUUUCGUCUCUGGAUCUUUUGAAUUUGAAGGCCAUGUUUGAAGCACCUCCUGCAAAGAACGUGGAGAUGACGGAGCUUCCAUCGGACCUCUUCAUGGAGAUACUAUCAUGGAUCCCGGCCAGGGCCCUCUUGAAACUCCGGUGUGUGUGCAAAUGCUGGUAUUCCAUAACAACAGACCUUGACUUCGUCCGACUGCAUCAGCAACAACAGCAACUCCUCCCUGAAGUUACUUCCAUCCUCACAUUUCACCGACACUUUACCAACGUUAGAUCUCUCUUGUCGCGCCUGGAUGUAGUUGAUGCACCGUGGGUUGCAAAGCAUGUCGCCGUCUGGCACAGCCGCCCACUGCUGGUCAUGUCACCUCCUUGCCAUGGAUUAUUUUGCCUCUACCACAUCUACAUGGAAUUGGAUGUUUGCUUGUACAACCCCGCCACCUGCAAAAGCUUCUCCUUACCGCAUAAUUUUACCAGUGUAAAUGUAAUUCUUUCAUACUUUUGCUUAGGAUAUCAUCCGGGUUCAAGACAGUACAAAGUUAUCCAUACGUUCUGCACCCGAUCGACCUCGUUGGCGAUGGAAGCACUCACUGUUGGUGGAAGUACAUGGAGGAAGGUGGAAGUGAGCAGCGCUCUUGCUAUGCUUACUUUGUUAAAUUGGGGAAGACCAAGUGCAACUGGAACUAUGUAUUGGCUUGCACAAAACAACGUCCUGGAAGACAUUAUUCUCUCUCUUGAUCUAGACAAUGAAAGGCUCACACAAGUUCCUUUUCCAGAUAUUAAACGCCAACAUGAGAGAGGUAACAACUCAUUGAUAGAGAUGGAAGGCACCAUUCAUUUGGCUAUCCAUUGGUUCGCUAUGGUAGACUGGAUGGAUAUUUGGAUGCUGCAAGAGUCGGGUGCCCACCGAGUGUGGAUUCAUAGGUUUCAUCUCCAUCUGUGUGCAUUGCCGACUGGAGUAGGCCAAGUGGAGAGAGUAUUACAUCCUCCUACGCCUCUUCUCAUAAACCAGGGCAAGAUUCUGAUACGUGACUAUCGAAGAUUAGUUUACUACGAUCUGGUGAGCAAGGGCUUGCAGCACGAGGAGGUAUUUCAUGCUUGUGAUGAUUUCAUUGCUUUUGUAUCGUUGAAAGCCUUGUUUCAUUUUAGAAUUUGAUGCAUGACCAUUCUUAGCGCAUAGCUAUCUCUUGCUAGGGGUCCCGAUUGAUUCAUUUUCUUGGAAGUUCUUGCUAUGAAUCAGUUGCUGAAUUAAUUAUGAUGUUUUUUAUUGAUUUAAUUGUUAAGUAUAUGGAUCAUGUAAAUUUCUGGAUCAGUCAUCAUAAUUGGAUUCUCAUGACA